UCGGCCUCAGAAUUCGUGUAGCAAUUCCGCGAAACUAUUGCAUCAAAAACCAGUGGAACUUAUGUACAAAAGAUGGCAACAGUACAAAACAUGGAGACUAAACGCAUACAACUGACUGACAACCGCUGCAGGGACGACUUUAACAAUGAGGUCUCGUCCACAUCGAGUGAGACGCCCCACUUCUGACACCAUCGCGAAGUUCAACAACUUCUACCGCGUACAGUCGCAGUCCGACCACGAGGACCCGCCCAGAAGGUAUGUACGGUCGGCUUCAGAAUUCGUGUAGCAAUUCCGCGAAACUAUUGCAUCAAAAACCAGUGGAAUUUAUGUACAAAAGAUGGCAACAGUACAAAACAUGGAGACUAAACGCAUACAACUGACUGACAACCGCCGCAGGGACGACUUUAACAAUGAGGUCUCGUCCACAUCGAGUGAGACGCCCCACUUCUGACACCAUCGCGAAGUUCAACAACUUCUACCGCGUACAGUCGCAGUCCGACCACGAGGACCCGCCCAGAAGGUCAGUCAUAUCAAGAAACCACUAUAAAUCAAUGGGAAACAUAAACGACAUAUACACCGAAGUAACAACAGUACAAAACAGCAUUUCAAACAUAGACCUUAACCUACAUAGUACAGAAAUAAAGAAAUUCGAAGCCCUACGCAUACCCAUAGUGGGUUACGAAGUAAUGGAGGAACGUGCUAGAUUCACUAUAUAUAAACUUAAAGUUGAGGACGAUAAACGGGAUCAAUCAUGGCUUGUGUUUAGGAGAUACACUGAUUUUGUCCGUCUGUACAACAGGGUUAAGAACCUACAGCCAAAUUUAUUGUUACCUCUGCCAGGGAAACGUUGGUUCAGAGACAACUUCGAGCCAGCGUUUUUGGAGGAACGAGUGAGAGGGCUACAGAUAUUCGUCAACGCAAUCCUGAGUAAACUUCCAAAUCAUCCGGUAGUUAGAGAGUUCUUCUGCUUGGACGAACCCCCACAAGUAUUUAGCUACCAGCCAGAGGUCCAAGCGGUUUAUGGGGCUUUAGAAGAUUCUAUAAGUACCCUCAAAGUACAGUUAAAACAAAAAGAUGCAACGAUCAUGCAUUUGCAGAAACGCGUCGCUCAGUUAGAAGACCAGGUAAAAAAUUGUCCCACAUGUAGUACAAAUAAGUCUGCUAAUUUGUAGUUUUACAAGAUUUUUAUGUAAAUGUUAAAACUUAAGAGGAUAGUCUAGUUGUAAAUUACCCGACUGCGGCAAAGCCAAAAGGAAGGGUUAUGAUUUUAGCAAUCUUUGUAUGUAUGUAUGUUUGUAUCCAGAUUCUGUGUGUUCCACCGUAAUGCCUAAACUACUUUGCCGAUUUUGAUGAAUGAGGUGUCAAUUGAUUUGUUGUAAAGGUCUGUCCGGGUGACAAGGUCUAUAUUUUGUACGAAAGAAAAAUGUUAUAAAUAACACAUGGAUGUUACAUCAAAAACCGGUCAAGUGCGAGUCUGGCUCGCGCACUGAGGGUUCCGUACUCGGGUAAUUUUCCAACAUUUUGCACGAUAA